AUGCGUCGUGGACUGAAGAACAGCGACGGGGGUAAAACGGAGCCCUGGAUGACCGUAGCUUUGGAGUUCAGUCACAGUAGUUCAUCUCUUGUCAUAUACCGAAGCAUUUGUUCUUUUGAUGGUCUCAUUUACGUGUGUGGAGGUUAUGAUGGAGCAUCCUGCUUGAGUUCAAUGGAGAGAUUUGAUCCUUUAACAGGGGUUUGGUGUAGUUGUCCUGCAAUGAAUACUAGAAGACGUUACUGCAGAAUUGCUGUUGUAGACGAUUGUAUAUAUGCCUUAGGAGGUUUUGAUUCUACUAAUUACCAGGCGUCCGUAGAGAGGUUUGACCCAAGAGAAGGUAUUUGGUGUGCAGUUCCGUCGAUGUCCUCCAGAAGAAGCAGCUGCGGUGUUGCUGCUUUGAAUAACCAUCUUUAUUGCAUAGGAGGAAAUGAUGGUACGAUGUGCAUGUCAAGUGGUGAAAAGUUCAACAUCAGGAGAAAUGCUUGGGAACCUAUAACCUCAAUGAACAGCCGAAGAUCAACUCAUGAAGUAGUAGCCAUAGAUAACUACAUAUACGCGAUUGGCGGAAAUGAUGGUUCCUCUAGUUUGAAUUCUGUAGAACAGUAUGAUCCAAAAAGCAAUAAAUGGGUUGUUGUCUCACCGAUGAGUAUCAGAAGAAGCUCCAUCGGUGCUGCGGUAUUGGAGUGUAUAAAUAUAGAGCACGUUUUGAAACAAACGAGACAUAGCAGUUGACACAUGUUGACUGUUUGAAGUCUAGUCGAAUGUUACUUUCUAAUUGAAUUAGUACUGUUUAUUUCGGAAGGUUGUUGUUCCAGGCCGACUGUGGAAAUUUUGUUCAGAAAUAUUCGAUGUUCACAUUCAAUUGAAAAAAAAGUUUUUAUUAUAAUGGAGAUAGAUAUCAUAUAUCACGAGUGACAGGUUUGAAUAAACAGUGGUGUGUGGUUAUCUAAUUAUUAUUCAGGAAAUUGAAUGAAAUCAAACAGUGGCAAAGAAUGAAUAACCUCCUACCUUAUGAAGAGUGGUUGCAGUUGAAAUAUUAAAAUUUCUGAACUAUUAUAAAGGAUCGCAGUCAACUCUAUAUUAUUGUCAUUCUAUAGUUUUCUUCAGUUACAUUGAAACAAUUAUCGAUCAAAUUGAAAACACUAUAAUACUAUAAUAAGUAUCCAUCACAGAAACUGAGAAAUCAGUUCCAUAUCUACUGAAAUUCAAAAUCAUCCAUGCGAGCUGGACUAUAAUAACAGUUAUUAGAAACAGAUUGGAUUUAUAUUUUAUGAAUAAAUGGUCACAUGUAUGAUUCAUACUUCUAUAGCAAGUGAUUUCAAACUAGUGAGGUGUUAAUUAAACUUCAUACCUGGAUAUUAUUUCAAUAUACACAAAAAUAUAUGGUUUGAAUAUUGUAUUUAAACAGUCGGGCCAUAAUAUAUUAUAUGUAUUGAUUUACCAUAUAUUAUAAUCAUAGACUUCGAAUAUUAUGGGGUUACUUCAAUCACUAUUCAUUAGUGAUAGGAUUCAAUUCUAUGUUGUUCUUAAAUGUAUUAGACAAAAAUAGUAUGAUAAAAAUAUUCAAAGGUUUUCAAGACAUGGCUUUCAAAAUAUUAUUUUGACGUGAUUCUUAGAAAAUAUAUAAACGUUUAUUGCCGGGAAUAGGGAGGAUAAGGGAAAUUUUGGCCGCCUGGGCAUCCAUAUUUUUAACGUAAAUAACACGUCAAAGUUCAAUACUUAUUGUAAUUAUGAACAUGUUUAAAUAGAACAGAACGAAUUCUGCAAGCGGUCAUAUUCAUAAUCUCAAAUAUAUAAUCUGACACAAUCUUUGUGUUCUCAUUAGCCGCAAAUGCUGCACUGCAUCCAAAGUUUUCUGUUUUUGCCGAAUUUGCCACAAAUUGAAAUUGUCUAAAAUUCCUCCACGUUCAGUUUGAAUUCAGCAAAGAUAGAUUGCGCAACAUAUGUCAUACGUAAACUAAUAUUGGGCUGUAAAUAUAAAUAUUUGAUGAUUACCAUUAACCAAGUGGCCAUCAUUUCCCCUGUUUCUCCUUUUAAAGCAGGCUAAAAAUAAUAUUGGGCACCAUUAGUUAUGGAGGUGGCAAACUGGUUGAAUAUUGAUCAGAACGAGUGUAACUAAUUUCUUGAAUCAUCAAAUGUAUCAUAAUUGGUCUUUUUCAAAUGUAGAUGAAUAAUUGGUUAUUUAUUUACUAUAUGAAUGGAAUAAUUAUUUGAAGGAAGGUAAAAAUUAGGAAAUAUGCAGUUGAGAGAAAUCUUCCAUCAUAUAAUCAUGAUGAGUAUAUUGUUUUAGGACUAGAAAUAUUCGUUUAUGUUUGAAUAAUCUGAAUAAAAAAGUUGAUCAGUUA